AUGGCGGAAGAAUCUUUCAUGUCCGGGGCAUCGACCCUCGACGCGCCACCGGCACCCGGAGCAGGGGCGGGCGGGGCACAGGCUGAAAUGAUAACAAAGAAGUUAGCAAAUUACUGGAUCAUAAUCGGCUCGAUCCCAAUGGUUCUCUUCCUGCUGGUGGCGAUUCCGACCAUCUUCUAUGUCAAGAACGUGUCCGCCACCGAAAUUGACAAAGCGAUUGGCUCGAAGACGACAGCGUGCGACAACUUUGAACUUCACAUCUGCCCGCAGGCGAAGGACCUCCAGAUGGAGGUGUACGCGUACGCCGUGAAGGCCGUGACAAAAGGAGAUGCUGAAACGCUCCAGGGCAUAUCAAAAGCAGUAAAAAUUGCUUUUGACAACUGCAAAGAACAUCAGGGUAUUACAGCGCCCAUGGAAGGUCUUGAAAAGGAGUUCGGCUUCACUGAUUUUCUAAAUGCAAACUGGAGGAAGACGCCCGGGGACGCGGCGGGGCUUGCUUCCAAGUGGGGCGUCGACACGCUGAUACGGUGCCUUCAAGUUCCGGUCAGCACAAGUCCCACCCAAGUUGAUGUUAUUCUUCAGAUUGGUGCUCCGAUCGUGGACAGGUACGUGGAAUUGCUUGCUGACUAUGUAGACCAACCGAAGGAACGAGGGCACAUUUACACGACGCUCUUAAAAAAAGCAUUGGAGGAAGCGGGCACUGCCUUAACGGACAAAAUCUUUGAAGAUCCACUAUAUUUCCCUAAAAUUGACAAAUUUCACGUAGCAUUUCAAGAGUUCGUUACCAGCACGACGACGACUCUCAAGGGUAACUUGCCGGAGAUAUCUAAAGCUGAAGACCUUGAACAAUUGAACACACCUGAAUGGGACUGGAAAAGUUUUUUGGCGACCGUAAUCCCCACGUUACAACCAAGCACAAUGAUUCGCAUCGCCCAUCCGAAGUUCAUCCGUGAUCUUCCUGCUUUUAUAACAAACACAACCGCGACACUACAGCCGUUCGUUGACAUCGCAAAUCCAGCAUCCAUGAAGGUCGCACUUGACAUGUUGCUUCAUGUCUACGGCGCGCCCAUCCUGAAGGACUCCAAGAUGGUCGGAGCCAGAAAAGCAGCAUUAUGCCUCGUGCACGUCGAUCGCCUUUUCCCGAUGGGCCUGGCUGUCCUGAUGAAGAAGGACCUCGAAGCGAAGUUCAAGAAGCCGGACGGAGUUAUCACCGAUGCCAAGUCGUCGGUUUUAAUGUACGGCAUGGAGCAAGCAAAGGCUAUCACUGACGAAUUGAUCAAGGCACACGCGUUGGCCUCCAUGUCAACUGAGGAAUCCCGCGUGGGUUUUUAUAAAAGGCUGAGCAAGAUUGAAUACACAAUAUUCUAUACAAACAAGAGUGAAGACCUGGACGACACCGUGUUGAAAGACAUCGUCGACAUGGCUGCCGUCGCUUGUGCCGCCAGCCCGGCCAGGUGGUCCGGAGGAUUCCCCGUUGUCUGGGGUAAGAGCGGCGGUUCAUCCUGCCCCAGUAAGAAAGGACGUCCUGCAGCGUGUCGGGCAGCCUGCCCUUCUGCGAGUCCGGUAGCUGCAGCGCCAGGAAGGCCCCCGUGA